ACGGUGUUAUUUUGAACAUGGACACACACUCACACACUGCUGUAAUUAAUUGAGCGCGCGUUCUUACUUCUAGUUUAUGGUUUAACUACAUGUUUGUUAAUGUGUCUGCAUGGAUAUCCCAACUGAUUCAUCCACCAUGUCGGAGAACAAGGAGCUCAAGCUGGACUUCAUCUUGAAGGAGCUCACUCUGUCCCCGCAGGCUGAGGAGGCUGUCCCCGGCAGCUCGUCCAGCGUGGAGCUGCAGGACCAGAGGCUGGUGUGUGUGGAGUACCCAGCGGUGGUCAGCAGCUCGGACAGGAUGCUGGAGACUCUCGGGGGGGAAAGAGCCGUGUCCAAAACCUUCGCUCAUCCCAAUAGGCGUCUUGAGCUGCGUUUCCGACCUCAGGAUCCUUUCUGUCACUCCCUGUGUGGAAACCGCUACCCUUCGAGCAACCUGGUGCUCAGAGUGCGGCGUCGGGUGCGAAAGAAGGACCCCAAAGACGUUGAGAUCCACAUGGAUAUCCUGGGAGUCAUUGCAACAACAUACAAAUUCCAAGGGAUGGCAGACUUCCAGUGCCUCGCUGUUGAUUCAGAAGGUGGAAAAGACACUUCUUUGUACGAUAAAAUCAUCCUGCGCAAACCCGAGAAUCAACAUUUCUUUGAGAAGCCCAUUCCCCUGUUUAUUCCCCCGGCCAGCUUUUCCCGCCUCGACACCCCGGUGGAUUAUUAUUUCCGGCCUGACGUCAAUCAAAAUAUAGCCCAGCCCAUGAACAAGAGCAACUUCAUCGGUUUGAAUCGAGCUCGUCGGCCCCACAACGCCAUCUUUUUCAGCUUCAAUGACCCAACUGUCCCUGGCGAGUGCCUCGAGGCGGCGAAACUCAACUGGAAGCGAGUCUGUGUGAAGGAGAGCGACAAGCAGGCCGAGGAACAUUUGAGACAGGUAUGUGUGCUGCUGCAGUCAUG